UUUUGACACAUAUUUCUAGUUUUGGAGCAAAAAAGUAAACUGAACGUUUCGAAAUCGUACAACUUGGUUUUAAUUUUUCCCAAAAUUUCAAUCAAAAUUCAUCAAAAAUCUACUUUUGAUCAAUUAAAAAUCAAACAAUGUCUGAUGACGAAGAUAUUACUUACGUUAAACGCUCAAAAACAAUUCACUAUGGUUCAUUAGAAGAAACCGAACGCAACCGGCAAGCUACACUCGAAGAUAUCGAAUCGGAUGAAGAUGCUUAUGAAUCCACAAAUAAUACUACAACAACUCCUUCAUCAGUUGUCCCACCAGCAACUGAACAACAACCAAAAAAACAACCACAACCUCCAACAUUACCACCACCAUCUUCAACUAAAUUAGAUGAUGAAUAUUAUGAUAUUGAAGCAGAAGUUUCCAAAGAUAAAUUGGCGCUUUUGGAAGAAUUCGAAAGAAAGCGUCGAGCGCGCCAAAUUAAUGUAAGUACCGAUGACGCUGAAAUCAAAAAGAAUUUGAGACAAUUAAAUGAGCCUAUUUGUUAUUUUGGCGAAGGUCCAGCCGAACGACGACGUCGAUUAAAAGAAUUAUUGGCAAGUUUAGGUGAAAAUGCUAUUAAACAAAAACAAACUGAAGAAGAAGAACGAAAACAAUUACAAAAAGAACAAGAAACAACGUGGUAUCAUGAAGGCCCAGAAUCAUUGAGAAUAGCUCGAUUCUGGAUUGCCGAUUAUUCUUUGCCACGUGCUAAACAGCGUUUGGAAAAAGCAAAGAGUAUUUUAGAGUUGCCAAGUGCAACAAGAGCCGGUAGAAUGGUUGAAUUGCAAAAAAGACUUCAGUCACUGGCUCCACUUUGCAGUCAAGUGGGUGACACUCGGCCAGUUAGUGGCUGUGCCUUUAGCGAAGACUCUAGCAUGAUGCUGACCUCGAGUUGGUCAGGAUUGUGUAAACUCUGGACAGUCCCAGAUUGUGAUCUAAAGCAGACCCUUCGUGGCCAUGCUAGCUACGUGGGCGGGGUUGCUUUUCGAUCUAAAGUGAGUGUGGAUGAUACAAAUGUCGUCUCGAUGGCUUCUUGUGGGCAUGAUGGAGCUGUGAAGCUGUGGUGCUUUGGUAGCGAAGAGUCUAUAGCUGACAUCACAGGACACAUGCCUCAUAGAGUCUCUAAAUUGGCAUUCCAUCCUUCGGGAAGAUUUCUAGCAACAGCUUGCUAUGAUUCUUCCUGGCGACUGUGGGAUUUAGAACAGCGAACUGAAGUCCUUCAUCAGGAAGGACAUGCUAAAGCUGUGCAUUGUGUAGCUUUUCAAACAGACGGGAGUGUAAUUGUCACAGGUGGCCUUGAUGCUUUUGGGCGGGUUUGGGACCUACGAACUGGUCGAUGUAUUAUGUUUUUGGAAGGUCAUUUAGGAUCGAUAUUCGGAGUAGACUUCUCUUCAAAUGGUUAUCAUAUUGCCACUGGAAGUCAAGAUAAUUCAUGUAAAAUUUGGGAUCUCCGGCGAAGACAACCGGUUUAUACAAUACCAGCUCAUACAAAUCUUAUAUCGGAUGUUAAAUAUGAACCAGAUGGUGGGAAUUUCUUAGUCACUAGCAGUUAUGAUUGUACGACUAAAAUUUGGUCAAAUAAAACAUGGCAACCACUUAAGACACUUUUAGGACAUGAUGGUAAAGUUGUUAGUGUUGAUAUAUCAGGGAAUUCACAAUAUAUUGCAACGACAUCAUUUGAUAGAACAUUUAAAUUAUGGACACCAGAAGGCUGACAUUGGAAGAUAUUUUUUAAUUUAUUAAUUUGUUUUAUUACAAAUUUUUGUACUUUUCUUCUCUGUUAUAAAAAGAGUUUUCUUUUUUUUGUUUGUUUAAAAAAAAUUUGACAAAUGUUGUUGAAUGUUGAAUUGAUAGGCAAAGUAAGGACCUCUUAUAUAUGAAAAAAUAAAUAAAUAAAUAA